CGCCAGUCGUCGUUCUUCUAACUUCUACACGCAACUUACAGACAGAACUGACAUGGUUUCUCCUCAAUUUGUGUUUAUCGUUACUCUCGCUGCGUACAUCUUCUUUACGAGAUGGCGGAGAAUGAAGCAGAAACCACUCGAACCGGCUCCCGAGCUUGAACAGCCUAAAUGGAGCUUGUACACGGCCUCAGAGCUAAAAAGGUUCAACGGAAAGUCGAGUCCUUUUAUUUUUCUCGCUAUUAAGGGUGACGUGUACAACGUCACGGAAGGAGGGAAAUUCUACGGACCUGGUGGUCCUUAUUACACAUUUGCUGGUCAUGAUGCUAGUCGUGGUUUGGCGAAGAGCAGCUUUGAAGAAGACGUUGUUCCCGAGGGAGACGAAAUGGAUGACCUUUCUGAUUUGAACGAAGAAGAAAAGUCAACGCUGAACGAUUGGAAGACAUUCUUCGACCAAAAGUAUCCUGUUGUCGGUCGUCUUGUAACUCCUACAGAGAAGGAGCAACACCUGGCUGCAGAGAAGGCUGCCCCUGUGGAAAAUAUUUCCGAGGGAAUCCCAGCCGCUGAUUCUCGCAGCUCGACUCCUUCUGAGAAGAAUUAAAAGCACAGCCCAUGCGGCAGCGUGGGAUGGGACAAGGUGCUGAACGACUCUUCACUGUAACAUUUUCUCUCUCCCUUUUUCGUGUACUCUAUUCUCUGACAGCUCCAUCCCUCCCAGCACCCUUUUUUUGACCCCUGUAUUUUGUUCUCCUCUUCUUCUUCUUCUUCUUCUUCUUCUCUCUGUACGACUAGUGAUGUCAAUUCUAUUGAAGCAUUCAAAACGAGUAUUCUUAUAGCUCGGGAUCGUGUAGUUGAGGUCGUGUAACUUGGUUUUCUUAGUGUUCUUACUUCUGCAUGCGCGCGACGCGUUUAU